AUGCUUAUAUACCUGAUUUAACUAAUGCAGCUGAUGCUGUAAUGGAAUGUAUUGGGCAUUCAAAGCCCUUUAUUUAUGUUCCAAGACCUCAAUUUAUAGAAGAGUUAGGUUUGCUUAAAUUAAUGCAGUUUCAAGGCAUAAGUUUAGAAAUGUCUAGAGAAAGAUUUGAAAAUGGAGAAUGGAGAUCACAUAUAUUAGAAGCCUACAAUAUGUCAAAAAAUACAAAAAAAAGGCAUAAACCAAAAAUCGAAAAAUUAAAACAUAAUGGAGGAAAAGUUGCAGCUGAAAUAUUAGAAAAAUAUUUGGACGAGAAAUAUAAUGAUGACAAAAGUAAUAGCAAUAGCAAUAGUGUUUCUGUUUUUGCAAGUUUAAAAGAACUAAGAAACAAGAAACGAAAAUCAACUUCAUUAACUAGUACCAAGAAUACUAAUAAUGAUGAUAAUAAUAAAAAUAUUAUUAUUAUGUCUGUUUCAUGA